AUGACUUCAGCAGGCACAACAUCAAGUCCAUCUUCUGCUGCCAUGACAACAAUUCUCACAACAACCAGCCCUCCAACAACUGAAGAGACAACAAGAGGCACAACACUUGAUCCGACAACAGCAGCAGUAACCACCCACUCAACGGCAGGGAUGGAAAGCACAGGAACGUCUGCCACAACAGCUACAUUGGGAGGGACAACAGCUGCAGUCAAUACCUACACAGUGUCCAGUCAUCCUGACAUCACUAGCCCCCCUCCUGCCCCCCCUGUUCAAACAACAGCUGCACCUGGUGACAACACGCUGGAUGACUGCACGAACAGUGCCGAGUGUGUGAACAUGCCAGGCAGCUACAGCUGCAGGUGUGAGGAAGGAUACCGGAGUGUUGGCAAAGGCAGACAAGUGGAAUGCAAAGAUGGUAAUUACGAUCUGUACUAUGGCAUGGAAGCUGUUCACAAAGUAUCAAAUUUGUAA